ACUCUCGUUUCUGGCGCGGCUCCCGCUUUUGUACUCCCCGCAACAUAAAGCCCAACAAGCGCCGGGCAAGAUACGCAACGGCGAUGAUGGUAAGAUACGCAACGGCGAUGAUGGUGAUGAUGCCGUGAGAGAUCGCACCAAACACGCAAAAAGCCGGCAAAAAGAAACAAAAAAUCAAAAUUUCUAAAAACAGCAAAUUCUCACAUCAUCGUCAUCGUCAUCGUUUCUUGGAUGGCGUGCUCUCCAUCCCUCGCCCAUUCCUCUUGCUAUAAAAGUCGCUAUUUCUCCUAUCGAAUCGACCAUGGAGCGGGAUGUGGACACGUGUGCUCACCCCUCUCGUUCUCCGCCUCCGAUAGAUUCGGAGCUCCUUUCGAUCUCAAGCGUUUCUGCUUCUUCUCCAACUUCUCAGGCUUGAGCAUAAUUGGUAGCUGCCUGCAUUCUCGACUAAAACCAAUGAGUACAACAUGUGAAAGUUCUGUAACAUCCAAGAACAUGUCUGAUUCCAAGUAUGCACCUGAUCAUCUCCUUGUUCUUGUUCAUGGCAUCUUGGCUAGUCCUAGUGACUGGACAUAUGCAGAUGCUGAGUUGAAAAGACAACUGGGGAGAAAUUUCUUAAUCUACGCAAGUUCAUCCAAUAGCUAUACGAAAACCUUUAGUGGAAUCGACGGAGCUGGAAGGCGCCUAGCAGAUGAAAUUUUGAGUGUGGUGAAGACAACAGAAAGCCUAAAAAGGAUAUCUGUUUUAGCACAUUCUUUGGGUGGGUUGUUUGCAAGAUACGCUAUGGCUAUGCUUUAUUCAUCGGAUACUGGGAAAAUUGCAGGGUUGGAACCCAUUAAUUUUAUUACCUUGGCAACCCCACAUUUAGGAGUCAGAGGAAAGAAACAGCUUCCAUUUCUCUUGGGAGUACCUAUCUUGGAAAAACUCGCUCCACCUAUAGCUCCCAUAUUAAUUGGUCGAACUGGUCGUCAACUGUUUCUUACAGAUGGUAAACCAAGCAAGCCUCCCCUUCUCCUAAGAAUGACAUCAGAUUAUGAAGAUAAAAUGUUUAUAUCUUCUCUCGCUGCUUUUAGAAGCUGUACUCUUUAUGCUAAUGUUUCAUAUGAUCAUAUGGUUGGCUGGCGCACAUCUUCGAUAAGGAGAGAAUCUGAGCUUAUCAAGCCCCCUCUUCGAUCAUUGGAUGGUUACAAGCAUAUUGUAAAUGUACAAUAUUGUCCCCCUGUACCGUCUGAAGGCCCUCAUUUCCCCCCAGAAGCUGCCAAAAUAAAGGAAGCUGCCCAAACUGUGCCAAACACUGAAAACACAACAGAAUAUCACGAUAUUAUGGAAGAGGAAAUGAUACGGGGGUUGCAGAGAGUAGGAUGGAAGAAAGUCGAUGUCAGUUUUCACUCUGCAUUUUGGCCCUUCUUUGCUCAUAACAACAUUCAUGUGAAGAGCGAGUGGCUUCACAAUGCUGGCGCUGGUGUCAUUGCUCAUGUUGCAGACAUUCUAAAGCAGCAAGAACGCCGGCCAGUUACAGCUGCAAGCCUCUAGGCAAUAUUAAUACACAUAUCUUGAUGUGACAAGAAGAACUAUAGUUGUAAUAUGUUGUGAAAUAAAUUGAGGCGAUGAAUCAAUCUAUGAAAGUUAGAACAAGUUACAAUAAAUUGUAGGACUAAGUUAUAUAAUGCUUCUGUUCUUUUUAUUUGCUCGUGUAUACACGGGCAAAUGUACAUUUGUGUGCGCACAUGUGACAUUGCGCAUGUGUGCAUCGGUUUGUAUGUUGUGUGUGUGUAUGUAAUACAUGUAUGUGCAUGUGAAUAAUUAGGUAAUUCCUCUAACUGCAAAAAAAUUUCUUUUUAGGAUC